CUUUGUUCAGCAAUAAUUCGUUAUCUGAAGAGAUGAGGCAGGAUUUUAAAUUGUUUAAGCAUGUCAUAUUAAUCACAGAACACCAAGAGCAGCAUGCGAUGGUAGCAUGUAGGAAGGUGAUGGUUGAAUAGAGUAGAAGAAAGGGCAAGAACUCAAGCAUGUACUCCAACGUACAGACCCCUGCAAGUUUGCAGAAAAGCCCUUAGUAGAAUGCUCGUCGAUGAAGAGAAAUGGCAAAGUGAGGUCAUUUAUGUAAGCGAGUACUGCGGACGCGAUGACAUCGACCAGUCCAUUCAAGGCAAUGACCUGCUUGCUCACCAUCGGGAUCAUUCAAUGCAGAGUCGACCAGACAGGCCUCUCAUCGUGAAAUGCACCUUUGACAGAUGGAACAAGAGGAUUACCUUUGCAUCCUCUAGGAACUGCACCUACAUUCUCCUCCGGCACAAGGUAGAACAAUGCUUUUCCUUGUCAGCUUCCACGUAUGCUAUCACCUACAAGGAUGACGAUGGCGAAAUCACCGAUAUCAGAAACGAGACUGACCUUACGGAGGCUAUCCAAUACUUCCAAGCAGGUAACGACGACCCUCCUCUGUCGUCAGCCGCGUCCAUUCUGUCAGGUCGCAGCUUUGGAAGCCGUAAAAUCACCCUUCGUGUUCACAUCACCGUCGACUAUGACGGUCCAAGUCUGUCCGAUACGUCCUCUGUAAUCAGUCUUGAUGAGUACAAAGGGCGCAAUGGCAGCGAGUUUUCCUUCUCCUUUGGCGCUCCUUCCGUAGAACUUGAUGAUGACUCCGUCACCGUCAGCUCUAAGGAUACUGGCGCAAUGUCUAGAGCGGAAUCCUCUCGUAGCGCCGGCUUGAGACCUCCAGACCGCACUUCACAACUAUCCGGGGAGUCAUCCUUUAGCAUGGUAUCGCGCGGUGCCAAUUCUACUCGUGGACGAUCACCAAGUCCUGGCCUUCAAACAGCUCGUGGUGCUGGGGAUCCGUUCUCGGAUGACUACCGGCAAUCUGUCGAGAGCCGCUUCCCGGCAGACCCGUCUGCAGUGUUUGAACGUCUCAAGUUGGAGGAGGCCAUCGUGGAUGACCCUUCGAGCAUAAAUCAUGAUUCCCUUGUCAAUCGUGGGGCGGAGUGGCUCCGAGACCAGAACGAGCGCGCGAUUCGCGCCACGCUUGGUAUGCUGCCAGAGCCGUCUGAGGCUGACACAUAUUCUCUUGCAGAACAGAGUGAUUCGUUGGGAGGUGAUUUAGCGCUCCACAUGGAUAAUCGAGGCAAAUAUUAUUACUCUUAUACUGCUGCGGGAUCUUCGAAUGCUUCUCAAACCCAGGACGACAUUACUUACGACAUUGAUCCUAGUAUCGAGACUGCCUCCAAGAUGGAGAAGCCACGACCUACGUCCCGACAUCUUAACUGGCUAGCUGCCCAACAGGUCAUCCCGGAAGAAAAACCAUCUCGCAGCCAUUCUGACCAAUCCACCAUCGAUGCGAUUCCUCGCGAACUCCUUGAAUCACUCCCCCUUUCAAGUCCCGAAGUCCUGACGAGCUGUUCUGAAUGCGGCGUUCUCCUGGAUUCAAUCCGUUAUGUUUGCUCCAUGUGCGGAGAAAAAGAUCCUAUCGCAGUAUCUGGACAAAUCAAUGGCAAAGGAAAAGAUAAAGAUCCCUUCGCUCAAGACCCACUGUCUUAUCCACCUCAUGCUCACCGCCACCUCCAACCACCGUCCCAAACAUUUUCAAAUUCGUCACUAACAUAUGUUGGAAGUUACGAAUCUCUCGCCAAUCCUCAACACUGCUAUAAACCCCUUCCAUCCGUGCCUAACCUGGUUUCUGCUUCCCAGAUAUAUUUGGACGGCGGAAUAUAUUUGCAGCCGUCCAGCAAGGGCUACGAACUAUGUUCUGGGUGUAUCGAAUCCGCAGGCCUGAUGCAUGCCAUAGAAGCCGGUGGUGUUGCUUCAGGAACGUCGCCUACAGCAUCCAAUAUCGCAUCAUCUUCUCCGCAAGGCGCGUCUGAGUGGCGGCGCCUGGCUCCGAAGGAGAAGGGUAAGCUCAGACAUGCAUAUCAUGAGAAGAUAUGGAGUUAUGAAGGUUGGAAGGACGUUGGUACGUGCCUAGCUUAUGGCAUUGAACUCAUGCUUAAUAAACAUUUUCACUCCUUAGAACAAGACGCAGCGGACACGAUUACAUGUUCGGCUUGUGGCACAGUUACACCUGUUGGUCUAGGGAAGUGUUUCAAGUGUGCAUCGUGUAAAAAACAUUACUUGUGCCGGGGAUGUUAUAGUCAAGUUCAUGAACGACAUCCACAGCAUGCAUUUUAUGUUGUUCCAGAUAAAGACCCGCGAUCGCUCGGUGAAUCUGAUUCCUUCCAAACCACACCCCCAGAUCCUAGCGACGAAGAAUUCAUGAAGCAUCCUGGUGUGAAAUGUGCGCACUGUCUUCUAGACAUUGUCGGUGCCCGGUUUCACUGCGCCAUUUGCGAUUCUAUUGACAUAUGCUCCAAUUGCGAGUCGGCCGGACUGCCGGGGAAUUUGGACUCUGCUGACGGUGGUCAUAACUCGUCUCAUAUCCUGAUCAAGAUUCCGUUCCCCUUGGAAACGAACGAAGUGCAAACAGCAAGCCGGAGAGCUAUACAUCUGUGGACGGGGAGAGAUGCACAACAUGCAAUACACGCAGGUUCUCCUUCAAAGGCUAGCUCAGUUGUGUCAGGGUAUAGCAGGACGGUGGUUGGUACAUCGCAUGCCAAUGAAAAUGAACAUGACCAUUUGUGCAACGGAUGUGCACGGCCGAUCAUAGGUGUGCGAUACCAGUGUGCUAAUUGCCCCUCAAAACCCAGGUCGUACAAUUUGUGCGCUCGAUGCGAAGAAAAGUCGUAUCAGUUACAUGACCCCCACCAUGCAUUCUUCAAAUUACCCCGACCCGUUGACUACCCCAUAGAGUCUCAGUUUCCUCUGAUACCCAAGCUGUACAAGGUGCCUGCGGGCCCACCACCAGAUGCAAUAGUAAUCUUUGCAGACCCGAAAGCAUACCUAAGGGACGUAUAUAACAGCGCUGCUGUAUGUGACAACUGUAUGUCGCGUAUACGGGGCGUAUGGUUCAGAUGUGCAUACUGUGGCAAAGAUUUGUGUGAUGCCUGCGAGCCUGUGGACGUGCACAAUGACAAGCACGUCUUUCUCGUGUUUAAAUCUACGGUAGACAUGCAAGCAGUCAAAAUAUUCACAGACAUUGAACAUCCAACCCGCAGUCCACCUAUUAUCCCACACCCGGUGUAUCGUUGACCGACGAUCGAUAUUUCAAAGACCUAAUAUACAUGCAUGUAAUUUAUACAACGGCAGAGGAUCAACCCUUUUUGAAACCUAAGCGACGACGCUCGUAGAACAGAUCGGUUCUACUAGCACCAAGGUUGACGAUCUUGGGACACCCAUCGCGGUCUUUCUCUAGCCGUGUGCACUCGGCACAAUAGUAUGCAUCAGAAAUACCUACCAAUAAUGAUAAAC